ACGCCGGGCCGCGGGGUCCCAGAGCCGUCAUGGCGUCCGCGCGCGCGCCGCUCCGCCGGCACCUCCACCGCGAUGGGAGCGCUGCACGUACCCCUCUGCAAGGAUCCCGUAGCGUUAAGCCAUCAGAUGGAGUGGGAAGUUUGCUGUCCUCUGAAGCAUGCCAAGGGGUUAGGAAACAGAAGAGUGAGACAAAUCUGAGCAGUGAGAAGAGUGCACCCACCCCAGUAACUGCAAGGAGACUCACAUCUCUUGGAUCAACACCAGCUAAUGGGAUUGUGAAGACUAAAAAAGAUGCUAUGCUUAUGAAAGAGAAAAAGAAACAGAAGGCACUGGAGAAGGAGAUUCGUACAUUAGUGAGAGAGCGUGGAGAGCAGGAUAAAAAACUUCGGGCUCUGGAUGAAGAUCUUGUUAAGAUUGAAGCGAAACUGAGUGCUGCAGUUCAGGAGAAAACCUCUCUUUCAGCAAAUGUUGCAUGCCUGAAAAAACAGCUUCUGGAGUUAACAAGAAGCAAUGAACUACUAAAGUCAAAGCUGUCUGAAGAUGGUGUGCAGAAGAAAAUGAGCAGCCUGUGCAUGGAGUUGAUGAAGCUCAGAAACAUGAGGGAUGCGAAGGAAAAGACUGCACUGGCAAAGCAGGAAAACAUGGAAAUGAAGCUGCAGGAAGUGCAAAGGAAUCUAGAGCAUUCAAAAGGAAAAGUAGCACAGUUACAAGAAAAAUUGUCUGCUACUGAGAGAGAGAAAUUUGAAGAAAAGUCUGACACUGAAAAACUCUUGGAAUAUAUUAGAGAGCUCAGUAGUGUUGCAGAAACAGCUGAGAAAUACAAACUAGAUGUUGCCCAGAUGGAGGAGACACUGAGUAAGAAAGACCAAGAUAUUGAGAUCCUGAGGAAUGCCCUCAAAGCAAAAGAGGAAGAGUCAUGUAAGCUGAUGAAAGAACUUAAUGGGAGGUGUCAAUUGCUUCAACAAGAGAAAGAGAAAGAGUUGUCUGAGGCCAAAGGACAAUUCCUGAGUAUGAAUGCUGAAAUAGAAGACCUGAAAAAAAAAAUUGAUUUGGUGGAACAAGAACACCAAAACCUCCUUCAGAAACACGAGGAGGUCAUCUCUCAGCUGCAGCAAGAGAAGGAGUCAUCUGCAUCAAUGCAGCAGAAGUUACUAGAGUUUGAAGAUGAGCUAACAAGUGAGAGACGUCUUCUGGAAGAAGAGCUGAAUGGUACCAUGAAGGAGCUGAAUAAAUUGCAUGCGAAGGAGAAGAAAGCUGAAAAGUUGGUGAAGCGACUGGAACAGGAAAUCAAAUCUCAAGGUCUUGAACUCACACAGAUGGAAGAAGAAUUGAAAGGAAAGAAUGCAGAGUUGGAGCAAAUCAAGGCAAUGCAUAGCAGUGCUGUAUCGAAAAUCCAAGAAGAGCACAGCAAUACACUGCAGGAUCUUGGAAAGACUAUUGCUGACUUUGAAAGCUACAAGAAAACAUCAGCUGAAGAAAUUUGCAGUUGUAAACUGGAGAAUUCCUCUCUGCGAGAAGAAAUUGCCAACCUAAAAAAAGUAGGCCAAGAGAAUCUGCAGUUGCUGCAAGAAGCAGAAUACACUAAAAACAAAGCAACUGAAGAAUAUGCAAGGAUGCUUUUAGAAGUCCAGACCAAGCUUGCAUUAAACGAAGCAGAAACAGAGAGGACAAAAGAGUCGUGCCUUGCACAAGUGACUGAACUUCAGGAGAAACUAGAGCAAACUGAAAAUCUGAAAAGAGAACUUGAAGCAGAAAGAUCAAGGAAAACCAUAAGUGAAGAUAUGACCUCUAGCUUAAAGAAAGAGAUCAAUACCUGGCGUAAACUGUAUGAAGAUUUACACAACAAAGUUAAGCCUUUUCAGCAACAAUUAGAUGCUUUUGAAGCAGAGAAGAAUGUUCUCCUGGAGGAGCAUGGGGCAGCCCAAGAAGAACUGAAUAAACUGAGUGAUGCAUAUGCUAAACUACUUGGCCACCAGAACAUGAAGCAAAAAAUCAAGCAUGUUAUGAAGCUCAAGGAAGACAAUGCCCACCUGAAGCAGGAUGUCUCAAAACUGCGUGCAUUGCUAGCCAAGGAAAAGCAAACCAACAGACAUCUCCAGGAGCAGCUGUGUGCAGUACAGGGCAUUAAGCGUUUUGAUCCUUCCAAAGCUUUCCAGCAUGAUAGCAAGGAAAAUAUUCCCCCAAAAACACCUUUAAAAGAAGGUAAUAAAAACAAAAUUUGAAGUCUUCUUGGUAUCAAGAAAACAGCCCAUAAGAUGACUACAGGAGACUUCAAGACUGCUUCUUCAAGGUGAACUUGGAUGCUGUAUAUAAUACAGAUCAGUAGGAGGCCUAGAGAAAUGAUCUAAAAUUAUAUAUUUUUAGAAAACCUAUGUUAUACUGAGAAGCAACAGGUGACAGCAUGUUUCUGAUUCCUGGUAACAUCAUUACAGGCAUGAACUCUGAAAAGUGUUCGCUGUUGCAUGUUUUGGAUAUGCUGAGGCUGCUUAGUUAGGUUUUGAACAAAGCAUUUUAAGUUUGGAAAAGGAGAAUAAGCACUGGAGAAUAAGAUUACAAAUGAAAUUGGA